AGUCUUCGUCAUUCUGGCCUGCGAUUGGUCGAGGAGCUUUACUUUCCAAUAAUAUAAACAUGUCUACUGCUUGCCUGGCUUGAACCAAGGCUUACAAGGGACUAUGCAGUUCUACAUCAAACUGUAUAAAAACUCUCAUUAUGCAUUUGCCUGUGUUGUUGCAGGGCUAAAUCUUUAUUAUUGGUAGAGAAUAUGCACAUUGCUGCACGUGCACGCGUGAGGAAACGAGGAUACCCUGCUGCCGCUGCAACAAGAAAGAGAGAGGGGGACUCUGCCGUGCUUUCAUCAAUAUAAUCACCAUCCUAAGUACUAGCUCUUAACAUUUUGUUUUUCGGUGUUCAGGCGAGAAGUGACAAGAAUAUAGACCCCUCCUCUGCAGGGCGGAGCGUGCAUUUUCAUUUCGUAUUUUGUAUUUUUUUAUUUUUUUUUCUACCCCUGUUCCCUGCUCUGACACGUCUGCACUGAGUGAGUGGCAUUGGCACACUGUCAAUCGCUCACUACCGCUGCCAUCAAACAACAUAAAACACACACAGGCAGAGGCUGGAGCUCAUAAAUUUCAGCAGGGCAAGAUAUUUUUUUGCGCAUCGCCUUUAUACAGCGUUGUAUCCUAAUUAAUUUCUUCUCGCUUUUUUUUCUAAAACAGAAAAUCUCCCAACUUUUUUUGUACAUUUCAUAUUUUUUAUAGUCACAUUUGGACACCUUAUGCCGCAGAUUGUGUAUUUUUUUUAACGCUGUCAGUUGUCGCGGGAAUCAUUUCUGUACAUUUAUAGUUGGUAACACCUGCGAGAUUUUUUUUUUAUUUGUUUACACGUUUCCACAUUGGAUAUUUUUUUUUGUUGACGGUGCUUCACUAGCAGGAUUUGGACAUUUUGGAAGAGGAAUGCGCCGGGAAUCCCAUGAAGAGCGCUAAUAAAUGAGAGAUCACCAAGGAGCGUUUCUGUCUGUACCAGCCGUCAAAUCCCAGAGAAAAGACAGAUUGGCAUGAGGAUUCGUGCGGGAUACGAUGGACCGUCAAUUCUGACAAAGAAGUGCUAAGAAGAAGAAACAAGAUUUAUGCAUUUUUGUACAAACACAGACACGCGUUUUGGCACUUUGGACCGCGCGUAAAAAAGCGAAAGGACAGCAAGAACUUGGACACAAGAUUUACGCUAAAACAUCACCACUAGGCUUUUUUUAAAAGACGUGUGUGCUCUGUUACCGCUGAAGAACCACAGCCGUGCAUCCUUCUUGUCUACGGCAUAUGUUAUAACCGAUUUCGUAUAUGAGUUUUUCAAUUUGUGUGGCUCAGUGCACAGACUCUUUAGCGGCUACUAUGGACGAUCAAGCCCGGAUCAUGCAGUCGAUCGGCGGUGUCAGUCUGGCCGGCCACUCGGUACAAGGAGGCAUGGCACUGCCGCCUCCACAUGGACACGAUGGGACAGACGGAGACGGAAGAAAACAAGACAUUGGUGACAUUCUCCAUCAAAUAAUGACCAUAACUGAUCAAAGUCUGGACGAGGCGCAAGCAAAGAAACAUGGACUGAACUGUCACAGAAUGAAACCAGCACUCUUCAGCGUUCUCUGUGAAAUCAAAGAAAAGACAGGUCUCAGCAUCCGUGGUGCCCAAGAGGAGGACCCCCCAGACCCCCAGCUCAUGCGCCUAGACAACAUGCUGCUGGCAGAGGGCGUGGCGGGACCAGAGAAAGGCGGCGGAUCCGCUGCUGCCGCAGCUGCAGCCGCGGCCUCCGGCGGGGCGGCCGACAAUUCCAUUGAACAUUCCGACUACAGAGCCAAACUCACCCAGAUCAGACAGAUCUACCACACGGAGCUGGAGAAAUACGAACAGGCAUGUAACGAAUUCACUACCCAUGUGAUGAACCUGCUGAGGGAACAGUCUCGCACGCGGCCCAUCUCUCCCAAAGAGAUUGAGCGCAUGGUGGGAAUCAUUCACCGUAAAUUCAGCUCCAUCCAGAUGCAACUGAAACAGAGCACCUGUGAGGCUGUCAUGAUCCUGCGCUCCAGAUUCCUUGAUGCCAGGCGGAAAAGGAGAAACUUCAGCAAGCAGGCAACGGAAAUUUUGAACGAAUACUUCUACUCGCACCUCAGCAACCCGUAUCCAAGCGAAGAGGCUAAAGAGGAGCUGGCCAAGAAGUGCAGCAUCACAGUUUCCCAGGUAUCCAACUGGUUUGGCAACAAAAGGAUCCGGUACAAGAAAAAUAUCGGCAAGUUUCAGGAAGAAGCCAACCUGUAUGCUGCCAAGACUGCUGUAAAUGCGGCACACGCUGCAGCCGCUGCAGUGCAGAACAGCCAGGCCAACUCCCCUACCACACCUAACUCCGGUUCUUCAGGUUCUUUUAACCUCCCAAACUCUGGGGACAUGUUCUUGAGCAUGCAGAGUCUGAAUGGGGAUUCUUACCAAGGGGCACAAGUCGGAGCCAAUGUACAGUCACAGGUGGAUACCCUGCGCCAUGUUAUCAGUCAGACGGCAGGAUACAAUGAUGCUCUCGGGGGGAACACGAUGUAUAGUCCACAUGGGUUAAAUGCUAAUGGGGGAUGGCAAGAUGCAACGACUCCGUCUUCUGUAAUAUCUCCGACAGAAGGACCCGGAAGUGUGCACUCCGAUACCUCGAAUUGAUCCGCUAUUAAUGCAUCUUCGCCUCGAGCUGGGCAUGGACUCUUUUCACUGGCAACUGCAGAGGAUAAUACAAAAAGAAAAAACUUUUCACGACAGAUUGGUUUUUCCUGUACCUUCAAAUUUCCCAAGAACCACGCCACACACAUCCUCCAUCAUUAACACCCAGUGUUUCCUGAUCGUUCAGUGUUUUCUUUCUGUCUUCAUAAAUCAGAUGUAUACUCUUAUUUGUUUGUCGUAGGGGUAAGCACACACACACACACAAACACACACACACACACACACACACACACACGUACAAUACUCAGUAAACUUUCAGGAUAAUUAGCUCCUCUGAACUUAAAGUACCGGAUGACACUCGCGCAUUUAAUGUGACAUUUUAAACGGCCAUUUGUUUGAUUCUUGAUUUAAUUACCACUUCCCAUUUUGAUAAUUGGAUUCUCUUUCAGUUCUUACAAUACAUAGAUUAAAGCAGCUGUUUCUUUGACUGUAAUGUGCCCGCAAUCUUGUCCAGCAACUCGACAAUGCUACCGCUGACAGCUCAAUGGCAGCUUUGUAGUUACUUUCAAGAUUUAUUUUUGCCUUACAGCCGUAUACAUUAGUAGAAGGAAAUGGCUAUUCAAACUCUGGAACAUAAAGAAGUGUAAUUGAUUGCUUGACUAUAACAUGACACCAUUCCAUAUUUUAUAAUUUGAUGUUUAGUAUGUACAUAUGUAAACAUUUUUUUUUGUACUGCUUAUCAACAAACAGUAGAUCAUUCCUUCGCAGCACACACAGGAGCAGGCCCCCGUUACACAGGGAAAAGUUGUACAUAAUAUAGCUUAAGAGUAAUUAUACAUCCCACCAAUCAAUACACAGCUUUAUUACCUCAUUCAAAUUCAUGAAAACCAGUCAUUCCCAACAUUUCUGUAGCUUAGAGUGCUCACUUACUACCUCUAAACAAUAUCACCGCCAUAGUUUCUUUUGCCCUUAUUUAAUGUUUUUAUGUAGUUAAUUUGAUUACAUCUUGUAACACUGUAAACUCUUCAUCCUCUAUGUAAUCUAAUGUAUAUUUUAAUCUUUUAAUAAAAUGCCGUUGCUGUACGGCAAAUUAAAAUGACAAAAAUAAAAAAGUGAAAAUGAUAACAAUAUUAAUACCAUGAAAAAGAGACGGGGUGGGUGGGUGGAGGGGGGCGAAGGAGAAGUUGUUGGUCUGUGGCUUUUACGAGACGGCGCGAUGAACAUUGUUGAUAAAUUAACACCAAACAGUGAAACUGUUGUAAAUACUGAAGAAGAAGAAAAAAAAAACAUUUUGAAUGUUGCUCAUCUUGUUACUAAAUCAUGCGGGAAAAAAAGAGAAAAAAAAAUCAUUAUAAAAAAUGUAAUGCAUAGAGGUUUCAGUAUUCAGAACUGUACAUUUCCAGCUCUGUUCAACAGGGUUCAAAACUUCUUUUCUCUUUUUUCUAUUGUAUGUGAUUCUGAAACUGAAAAAGUCAUGACAAAUGAUUUGUGGCAGUGAUUCUAAUGUAUUAAAGAUGUUUAGUGUUACUUUCUAACCAGACUACACCCUGGACUGAAAAGUCUUCCUUGUGGUAGUUGUGUAAUUUCAAACAUGAAUAAACCUUUUGCUUUCAUGACAGCAAGUUGUGCUCUCUUU